AUGGUGGCACAAUCGUCCUUAGUGGGGCAGGUCAAGGCUUGCCAAUAUGAAGAUCCCCGUCUUGCUAGACUGCGAGAUCGAGUGCAAAAUGGGGGCGUUAAGUCAUUCUCUAUUGAUGGCGAAGGCGUGUUACGUUGUCAUGGUAGACUGUGUAUUCCUAUGGUGGGUAAUAUGAAGCAACUAAUUCUUGAAGAGGCUCAUAGCUCACGAUACUCCAUCCACCCAGGUGCUACGAAGAUGUACCAAGACUUGCGUGGAUUAUAUUGGUGGAAAGGUAUGAAGGAUGAUAUUUUGAAACAUGUGACAAGUUGCUUAAAUUAUCAGCAGGUUGAGUUGAGUACAACUUUUCAUCCACAAACUGAUAGACAGUCUGAGCGAGUUAUUCAGAUUUUAGAGGAAAUGCUUAGAGCUUGCGCGAUUGAUUUUGGUGGUCAUUGGGACGAUCAGUUGCCUUUGGCAGAUUUUGCUUAUAAUAACAGCUACCAAUCGAGUAUACAGAUGGCGCCGUUUGAGGCUCUAUAUGGUCGCAGGUGUCGCUCACCAGUUGGAUGGUUCAAACCGGGCGAAGCACAACUAUUAGGUCCAGAUCUGCCAUAA